GGUCACCGGCACCGCAGAGGGCGGCCCUCGCCUAGCGGGACGCGCCGUGGAGAGGAGCCGCUUGGGUCUCCCUGCUCCGCGUGCCGGGAAGCGGACCGCGGGGCGAGGAGCAUUCCCUCGAGGAGGAGAAGAGAACUGAGUUAUAAUACAGUAAGAAAACCAAGAUGAUGGAUUCAGAAAGUUGUGCCCCAGUGAAUUCAAAGCCAGAUCUAAGUCAUCACAUAAAGGCUACAUCUGGUAAACACUAUCUGUGUGGUUAUUGUGCUGCUUUCACAAACAUAGCAGUCACUUUUCCCAUCCAGAAGGUCCUUUUCCGGCAGCAGCUGUACGGCUUGAAAACGAAGGAUGCMGUACAUCAGCUGCAGAAAGACGGAAUCCGUAAUCUGUACCGUGGCAUCCUUCCCCCAUUAAUGCAGAAGACGACGACUCUGGCUCUGAUGUUUGGGCUGUACGAGGAUUUCUCUUCGCUGCUGCACAGCCACACGAGCGCCCCCGAGCUCCUCACGCGCAGCGUAGCAGCGGUGCUCGCAGGGACCACCGAAGCACUUCUUACCCCUUUUGAGCGAGUACAGACUCUGCUUCAGGACUACAAAUACCACGAUAAAUUUACAAACACUUACCAGGCUUUCAAGGUACUGAAGAACUACGGGAUGAGGGAAUAUUACCGGGGUUUGGUACCUAUCCUGCUCCGGAAUGGACCCAGUAACGCACUCUUCUUUGGCCUCCGUGGACCCAUCAAACAGUGUCUGCCUGAAGCAACUUCUUACAGCGCUCACUUGGUCAAUGACUUCAUCUGUGGAGGGUUGUUGGGUGCCAUGCUGGGAUUCCUGUUUUUCCCGAUGAAUGUUGUAAAAGCCCGUAUGCAGUCUCAGAUUGGUGGAGAAUUUCAGUCUUUCUCAAAAGUCUUUGUAAAGAUCUGGCUAGAACGUGAYAGGAAUCUGAUCCACCUUUUCAGAGGAGCCCAUCUGAAUUACCACCGCUCGGUCCUGUCCUGGGGCAUAAUCAAUGCAACUUACGAAUUCCUGCUAAAGCUGUUAUGAAAAACACACAGUCUACCUUGGCAGUCUUUCUGUUUGAGUGGGGCUUGGCACACAGUGUCACUGAACCCCGGAAAACAGAUCAGUUGUGAAACUUUCUAUGAGUAACAUUGAGUAUCAUGGAACAUAAUUCAAGGCAGCAGAUAUUACAGYAAGGAGAUGAGUGCCCGCUUUGUGUGAAGGGUAGUCUUGACCUUUAAUACUUAUGGGGUAAACAGUGGUGCAUCUAAACUUGGAUGCAGUUAGGGGGAAAAAAGCUGAAGUAUUUAUGUACUAGUAGUUCAGUUUGCCCACAGGGGAAUUCCUAGACAAAUGGAAGGUUUAGAACAACCAAAAAAAUGGUGUAUUAGUCCAACAAUUUAUUCCAUAUCACUCGCACAGUUUUAACACUCCCAGUGACUGGCAAUGCUUUCUGUGUGCAUUGUGAAAUAUGAAAGUCAGGGAGGGCGUGAUGAAAGCUCUCCUGAUAUAAGAAAUACUUUUGCAAAUGCUUGGGAGUUCAAAGUUAGCCUUACAGUUUAAAACUACAUGGACAAGUUCAGAUGGGGAUGUCUUGACUUCUUGAACCUCAGAAUAAAAUCAAGUAAGUCUACAAAAUCUGUUCUGCCCAGUGUUUUGCUGCUUGGCUUUGACAUGAACUGUUCAAUUCAGCAAUGUAAAAGCAGUUAUUGGAUGUUUGAUUUCAGUGUGAGCCGACCCCAGUUCAAAGUGGGAUUAUGUAUGUGAAUGUGUGUGCCUUGAUGUGAAAAGGGAAAUGCGGAAAGAAUGAAACAGCAAUUUUACUUAAAGCUUUAAAGUGUCCUUUCCUGUUWAAUAAUCUUCAUGUGAACUUGUGAAUGUCAGAGUGCUGGCUUUGUUUUUUUCUUUUUGGCCUUGCAUUAUUUCUGUUAUAAACAGCUAUGGUGCUGAAAAAAAAUGAUUGCUCUUUCUUUAGUGUUAAUACAAAAAAUAGUUCACCUUUCCCUUGUUGUGAAAGUAGUUCACAAAGCUCUUUUGUACAGAGAUAUCCUGCCUAUUUUGCCUAUUGUUUCCUUUGGGCCUUGGUGUAAUUGUGGCAGUUCUGUCCACUUUAUGCAUACUUGGAACAACCUGURGGACAGGACUGCACAUUUAAGCAGAGGUCUGUCAGUAUAAUGGAGAUAAUGCCAGGACACAGAUGAAGAGGGCUUUAGAUGGAGCAGGGCAGGAGAAAUGGAGGAUUUGGAGGCACUUUUAAGGACUCCUGUAGCCUUGAGCGCUGGGAAGCAACUGUGGAAACGUCAACAGCUUUAGAGAAGGGGACAGGCAGCAACAUAACCUGCCACARGAUGACUGUCCUAAUGGAUAAAAGCUGUUUGAGUCGCUUGGGGAAAGGGAUGAAUCCCCACAUGUGAUGGAAUACGUGGGUUUGUGGGUGAACAGUAAAGCUUUCAGACUCUGAAUUGAUCUGAGAUCUGAUAAUUGAUCUUACAGCAUUUGCUGUACCUGUUCCUAGAGACUGGUUCCAGAGAGUACCUUAUCAAUGUAAUCAUAAUAUGCAGCACC